AUGUCCUCGAUAGCAAUAACCGUGUUGCAACCCACUAUCGGAUUGCUAUUCAGGAAAAGUAGAGAUAAGGUCUUGAAGAUUCUGAAAGAUGGCGAUGUAACAGAUCAAAAACUCUUCUCCUUGAUCGUCAUGGAAAUCGACGAAAUCAGGUCAAAGUUGGACGCGUUAUCGUGGAAGGAUUUAAGAGCGUGUGUCAGUUUCUUUGAGGAAGGAAUUGCGUUGUUGUAUGAAGUGUUUAACAUAGCAAACGCUAGAAGUGUGUGUGGCGCGGUAACAGCUCAAGCGGCUUGCAAUGAAGCCUUUCCUCUUAUUGAAGGGAUCAGAAGGUUAGAGAUUACUGGCCUGGAUGAAUCUGCCACAAGAAAGCUUUCCACUGCAAAGAAAAGAUUCAAAGAUGCUCGAAGGAAAGCAACAGAAGCUUUUCAAAACGAAGGCUUUGAAACAUCAGACCGCAUUCUGGCCAUGAAGUAUCGAGUAAUGGCGACUAUAUUAGAGACAGUAGACAAUCCCGCUGAUGCACUGGCACCAUGCAGAGUGUGUAUAAAGGAACUAAACUCUCUGCCAGCAGUACAGAAUAACUUUGAUGUUCAGCUCAAGACAGGCAUUCAGGCAGUUAGACGUUGGUUCAGUCAAGAGGAAAGAAGGGAAAUCAUCUCUGCUGUCUGUCACGUGAAUCGUGUCAUCUACGAUGUCACGCGAACAUUCGGUGGAGAUACACGCUUUUGGAUCUGGCCCACUGUUGAUACUGGAGACAACAAAAUCAAUCCAUUGUAUGACGCGAGAGUAACCGAAGUACUUGUUCAACAUGGCAUGGAGCACUGUUGUGUAACACCAUGGUCAUUUGGUCAGGAAGGUGAGAAGGAACACAAGCUAAAGAGCCCGAUAGGUAUCGCUACAAACUCCAGCGGAGAAUUCAUUGUCGGAGAUUAUGGAGAUCGUUGCGUGAAGGUGUUUGACAGAAACGGUAAGCUUGUGAAAGUUUUCGGUCUCCCUACAGAGGACGUAAUUACACCGUUAUAUAUUAAAGAUGUAGUCACGGACAUGAAUGACAGUAUCUUUGUGCUGACCAUGCUGGGGAAGCCUGGGUUUCAUGAAUCUGAGAGAUCUGAGAGAUCUUGGUGGGUCUAUAAAUAUAAUAAAAUCGCUGACCUGCAUCACAGGUUUCGUCUGAGGGGAAACUGUUCCAAACGAAUAUCGGUCAGAGAUCCAGAGAAAGUAGUAAUCUUGCAGGGCGUCAGAGUAGUGAAGGAAUAUGACAGUAGUGGAACAUGUGUUCGCAUUUAUGGAAAAAAGAUAUUGAGGUAUGCGAUGGAUAUCACUGUUGCUAAUGAUGGCCGUGUUAUAGUAUUGGACAAUUAUGAUGAUCCCUCCCGUAACAAUUUUUUCCAAGCAGAUUUGGUUGUUCACAUAUUCAGUGAACACGGCUACCAUCUGAACAAGUUUACAUUGCAAAGAAGUUUAUUUAAAUACACGAGCAUUACAUUUCAACCAGCAGGUGAACAUGUCGUCGUCGCUGGUAUAGAAUUAAGCAGAAACCUCUUGGAGGUUAAAAUAUUGAGCAAAGAUGGUGAGUUUGUUCGUAGUGUACAAAUCCAAAAUUGUGACGAGUUCUUUGAAGUAAGAGGGUUUGCAGUGAACAAUGACGGACGCAUUGCUGCUGUUACAACAAAUUUUAAAAAUGGUAAAGUAGUCGUUUUAUAA